AUGUUUAAAACAACCAUUUUAUCCGCUCCAAAACGAAAUUAUGUUAAUCUAGAUUAUGCUAGACAUAUGCCUAAGGCUUAUGUUGAUCGGAUGAAAAGACAUGUGCCUACAAAAGUUUAUGAUAACAGAUUUGGUGCUCCGCCUGUACAUCGUUGGGCUGUUCCCCCAGAUGAUUACAAGCCUUUAUUAAAAGAUUUUGAUGAUGGAUCUAGAAUUUUGCAAGCAAAAAGAAUUUGGGAAAUGGAAGCGUUUCAUGAAAGACUUGAACGUGAAAGGGAUCAUAAAUCUGCGUUAUUAUCUGUUAAAUUCUUUCGAAAAAGAAGAAGAUUAGUACCUCAAAUGUCUGCUGAAAAUUGGACAAUUUUUCCUGGCGAUCAAGUAGAGGUAAUGAUUGGACCAGAUAGAGGAAAGAAAGGAGUCGUUUCUCAUGUAAUUAAAGAAGAAAAUGCCGUUUUUGUUGAAGGUCUUCAUAAAAAAUUGGUUGAAACUGUUCCCGAGGAAGUUAUGAAAACUUAUGAAUUACCUCAAACAGCAAUGUUUUUUGAACAACCCCUUUUUGUUCAUAAAGGAGAAGUUAAAUUAAUUGACCCAAAUGACAAUGAAUCUUGUUUUGCAAAAUGGAUGUUAAAUGAAGAUAAAACAGAAUAUGUCCGAGUGAGUACACGAACGGGUUAUCUAAUUCCACUCCCUCAAGCAGCAAAACGUACUUAUGAGUAUUCAGCACCAGAUAAUUAUAUCGAAGUUGUGGGGAAAGAUACACCAGCAGAUGUUGCUUUAUUAUCAACAUAUGAACCAAAAUUAAGUACUUUUGAAGAAGAAAUUGAGCAAGAAAUGGGUUUGGCUAAGAGAGGAACAAAAGUUGAAAAGGAUUUGGAACGUCCAAAAACUUUUUGGUAUUAA